AUGCAAGCAUUACAACGAGAAAGAAAAGGGCGACCAUUCGUAAUUAAUUGCGAGUUAGAGGUUGAUGACAAAGGCAGACUUUGCGAAGAUUGGGCUAGAGGAGGCCUUUGCAACACUCAUCGGCCAACAAUGUUUUUAUUCUGCAGGCGAACGUGUCUUUGUGUUGGACCACCGGAAACUAACCAGAACAAUUAUGAAAAAAAUGCAGAAGGGAUGAUUAUCAUUACAAACUACUGCUGUAGAGGUCAAGUAAAGCAAGAAUUGUUCAUCAAAACUUGCUCAGAUUGCAUUUUACAUGCCUGA